AUGAAGCUCAAAAAAAGCAUCAAAAAAGCUGGAAUUGUCAAAAAACAAGUGAAAAAAGUAGCUGAAACUGUUCCAGAAGAAGUUCCAGAUGAAAUAGCUGAAAAAAUCGAGGGAGAAGUUCGAGAUUCUGAAGUUGAAAGUGAUGAUGAUGAAGUUGUUGGAAAUCAGAAGGGUGGAAUGAAAAAACAUAAAUUGGAUUUGGAAAAGUGAGUUUUGGGUGAAAAAAUGGUGGAAUUUGAAGAAAAUUGGGUUGGGUAGGAGAAAAAUAGUGUGAUUUUUGACUAGCUUCAGUUUAUUUGGUAGAAAAUAUCACCGGAAAACUCCUACAGUCGAAUUUUAAAAGGGUGUCAAAAAUCACACCAUAGUUUCCCUACCCUAACCCAAAUUCUAACGAAAUCACACCAUCCAAUACCUACCCGACCUCAAUUUUUUGGCCGUCAAAAAUCCUGACAUAUUUUCCCUUCUUCCAGACUCGCUCAAACUGAUCCGGAAUUUUUCAAGUUUUUGCAACAAGAAGAUGCGGAUUUGUUGAAUUUGCAAGAAGAAGAAGACGAUGAUGGAAUUGAUGAAGAAGAUCUGGAAGAUGAAGAAUUGGAAUUAGAUGAAGAAAAUGAGGAAGAUGAUGAGGAUAGUGAUGAAAAUGAUGAAAUUGAGGGAAAGGAGAAGAAAAAAGGUGGGAAAAUUGGGGGUUUUUGUGAAAAAAUCGUGAAAAAUGAUGGAUUUUGACUAAAAAGAGCAAAUGCGCCCUAUUGAACUCUCCCCGUUUUGAAGAAAAAUUCAAAUUUUCAAUUUUUUUUUCUAUCAGAUGAAUUUUGAGCAAUUUUUGCUGAAAAUCUUAAUUUUCAUGGAUUUCAAGGGAAAAUUGACUAAAUGUAGCAAAUGCGCCCUAUUGAACUCUCCACGUUUCGAAGAAAAAUUCAAAUUUUUAUUUUUUUUUUGUUCUGAAGAAUUUUGAGCCAAAAAACGUGAAUUUUAUGGAAAAGUGACCUGAAAUCAAAAUUUGAUGAAUUUUGAGCUAAAAAUUAACUAAAAUUAGCAAAUGCGCUCUAUUGAACUAUUCCCGUUUUUAGAGAAAAUUCAAAUUUUCAUUUUUUUUUGUUCUGACGAGUUUUAAGCCAAACUUUUCCACUUGGAACCUAAAAUUUGGAAAAUUUAACGAAUUUUGAGCUAAAAAUUAACUAAAAUUAGCAAAUUCGCCCCAUUGAACACUCCCCGUUUUCGCGAAAAAUUCAAAUUUUCAUUUUUUUCUUCAGAUGAAUUUUGAGCAAUUUUUGCUGAAAAUCUUAAUUUUCAUGGAUUUCAAGGGAAAAUUGACUAAAUGUAGCAAAUGCGCCCUAUUGAACUCUCCACGUUUUCAAGGAAAAUUCAAAUUUUCUUUUUUUUUUCGAAAAUUUGAGCAAUUUUUGCUGGAAAUCUUGUGUUUUGAGCUGAAAAUUCGAAUUAUUGAUUAAAAAUGACCUAAAAUUAUGAAAAUUCAUGGAUUUUGAGCCAAAAAUAGCAAAUUCGCUCCAUUGAACUAUCCCCCUUUUGAAGAAAAAUUCAAAUUUUUUUUUUUUUCUCUAUCAGAUGAUUUUUGACCCGGAAAUAAUUUUUGGGUCAAAAUUCACCAGAAAUUCACAUAUUUGACCUGAAAUUCAAAAUUUUUUGCAGUCCGAAAACCAAAAGCAAAAACCGAUCAUUCAACUGGACGACUUAUUGUCGAUUCGACGGUUUAUUCAUAUUUACAACAAGUUUUGGCGUUGGAAGAUGAGGUGGGUGGUUUUUCCGCGUAACUUCCGCGUAGCUUCCGCGCAGCCGACACGCGGAAACUAUAUUUUUCCGCUUCCAGAAUACUCCAAUCGAUGCAUCUGACGCGAAAAUGGCAAUCGAUGUAUUUGUUGCUUGUGUCGCCCGAGUUGGUGCAAAUAUCGAAGCACCAAAAUAUAUUAUAAAUGAGCAAAGUAUAUUCGAAGCUGUAAUUCGUCUUUGUUUUCAAGCAAUGCCACAUGUUUUACACCGUCUUUUAAAUGCCAAAAAAGAUGAGAUGACUGGAAAAAUUGCAUUUUCGAAAACGGCCAUCAAGAAGUAUCAAAAUUGUGUUCGCACUUAUUUACAUGCUAUGAUUGUGGUAAGAUUUUUGGGAUUUUUUGGAUCAAUUUUGACCUAAAAAUCGUGAAAAAUGAGCCAUUUUGAGCUGAAAUUGACGAAAAAUAGCAAAUGCGCUCCAUUGAAAUCUCCCUGUUUUUCUGGAAAAUUCAAAUUUUCAUUUUUUAUUUCUUGAAUUUUUACCCAAAAAACAUUUUUUCAUCAAAAUCCAAUCGAUUUUGAUAUAAAAAUCAUUUUUUCCAAUUAAAAAUGAUAGAUUUUGAGCCAAAAUUGACGAAAAAUAGCAAAUGCGCCCCAUUGAACUAUCCCCGUUUUCACGAAAAAUUCAAAUUUCUAGAUUUCCCUAAUUUUUUUUGCAGUUUUUGAACGAAGUGCAAACAGUUGAUGUGAUCAGUUCGAGUUUGAAAGCAAUUACAAGAUUAGUCGAUGUUUAUGCACAUUUUGCAAGAAUGACCAAAUUAUUGAUCAAGGUGAGCUUUUUCUAAUUGAAAAUCUGAAAAUUUGGCUGAAAAUGAUGAAUUUUGACACAAAACCCAUGAAAAAUGAUGGAUUUUGGCCCAGAAUCGACUGAAAUUAGCAAAUGCGCUCCAUUGAACUCUCACCGUUUUCAAGGAAAAUUCAAAUUUUCUUUUUUUUUCCUUGGUGGAUUUUGAGCCGAAGUUCAACAGAUUCAGUCAGAAAAUAGAAAAAUGAUGAAUUCUCAUCUGAAUUUGACCAAAAAUGGAGUGAAAAUAGCAAAUGCGCUCCAUUGAACUUUCCCUGUUUUUAAGGAAAAUUCAAAUUUUCAUUUUUUUUUUCUCUAAAUGACAUUAGACCUGAAAUUCUUCAAAAAUCCCAAAUUUUCAGUCAAUAACUCGAGUUUGGAGCCGAAAAACCCUGGAAUGUCGUCUUUCUGCAUUUGUUUGCAUGAAUCUGCUCGUCAAAAAUUAUCCGCAACAUUUUGUUUUGCUCUACAAAACAGCCUAUGUCUCAUUUGUUGCCAACUCGAAAAUUGUCACCAAUGAAACUUGGCCACUUUUGCAAUUUAUGCAUAGGUAAGAUUUUUUGGGUCUUGGCACGAUUUUUGGGGUACUGUAGAUGGAAAAUUUGGAUUUUUUGAGAAAUUUGGGUCCUGGAACGAUUUUCUAGAGCUACAGUACCCGAAAUUUGGUCCUAGAACGAUUUUUCGAAUGAUGUUCCUUUAAAAUUGGAUUUUUCGUUGAAAUCCGGUCUUGAGACGAUUUUUCGGGUACUGUAGGUGGAAAAUUUGGAUUUUUUGAGAAAUUUGGGUCUUGGGACGAUUUUCUGAAGCUACAGUACCCCAAAAAUCAAUUUUUGGGUCUUGAAACGAUUUUCAGCACCACAGUAACCACCUGAAAUUAAUUUCAGAUCAAAAUUCACCAAAAAUCCCAGUUUUUAACCUACAGUACCCAGUUUAUCUCAAAAUUUCAAUAUUUUCAGAACUUUUGCCGAAUUAACCCUAUUAUACCCGGAUGAAGCCUAUAAAUAUGCAUUUGUUUAUAUUCGACAAACUGCUGUACACUUGAGAAAUGCGAUGAUUGCGAAAGGAAGAAAAGUGAGCAUUUUGAGCCAAAAAUUGAUAAAUUUGAUGAAUUUUGAGCUAAAAAUCAAGAAAAAUGGACAUUUUUGACCCAAAAUAGGCAAAUGCGCUCUAUUGAACUCUCCCCGUUUUAAAGAAAAAUUCAAAUUUUCAUUUUUUUUCAGGACUUGAUUUUCUCGAUUUACAAUUGGCAAAUGAUGCAAUGUAUGUAUAUUUGGGUUCGAGUUAUCGCAAGAUCACAUUCUGUAAAUGGAGCCGAAUCGAUUGCUGAAUUGGUUUAUCCGCUUAUUCAAGUCAUUCUUGGUAUUUUCAGGUGAGAAAUUAGGGCUGAAAAUGGAAAAUUCGCGAAAUUUUGAGCCAGAAAUCAUGAAAAAUGAUGGAUUUUGACCUAUGAUUGAUGAAAAAUAGCAAAUGCGCCCUAUUGAACUAUCCCCGUUUUCAAGGAAAAUUCAAAUUUUUAUUUUUUUUUCAAAAUGAAUUUUGGGAGUUUUUGAGCUGAAAAAUUCAAAUUAUUGAUUGAAAUGGACCUAAAAUCAUGAAAAUUGAUGGAUUUUGAGCCAAAAUUAGCAAAUGCGCUCCAUGGAACUAUCCCCGUUUUUCGGAAAAAUUCAAAUUUUCAUUUUUUUUUCUAGACUUUGCAAUGCUCCAACAUUUUUGCCACUCCGCCUUCAUUGUUGUCAACUUUUGAUUCAAUUACAAGCGAGUUGCACUAACUAUGUUCCAAUUUUGCAAUUUUCGUGUGAUGUGAGUUGAUUUUUUGGGUUUUUCAUGGGAUUUGGAGCAUUUUGAGCCAAAAUUUGACCAGAAAUUAUGAAAUUUGAAUAAUUGAAACCUAAAAUUGUUGAAAUUCAUCAUUUUGAGCUGAAAUUUGACGUAAAAACCACCUUCUCUAACCAAAAUUCAUCAUUUUUGGCCUAAAAUUUUUGCAGACCCUCGAAGAACUUGUUCGCGAACUAAAAACCAAACCAAAACCCUCAAAAGGAGCUGUCAAAAUCCCGGAUAUCGAAUGCACUUUGAAAAUCUCAUCACAAUUCACUGAUCUACCACAAUGGAGAAAAACCGCGUGCGAAUCGGUAUUUCGUGUUAUGAUUCAAGCGGCACAUUUAUUGUCCAGCAAUGCCGCUUUUUCCGAUGUCAUUUUGCCGAUUAAUCAUAGGGUAAGAGCUGAAAUUUUGCAAUUUUCACCUAAAAUUCGGAAAAUUUGAUGAAUUUUGAGCUAGAAACCAUGAAAAAUGAGCCAUUUUGAGCCAAAAAUAGCAAAUGCGCUCCAUUGAACUAUCCCCGUUUCGAAGAAAAAUUCAAAUUUUUAGUUUUUUUUUCUCUGAAGAAUUUUGAGCCAAAAACAUAAUUUUACUCGAAUUUUAAUCUAAAAUUGCAUUUUUCCACCUGAAUUUGGAAAAUUUGAUGAAUUUUGAGCUAAAAAUCGUGAAAAAUGAGCCAUUUUGAGCCAAAAAUAGCAAAUGCGCUCCAUUGAACUCUCCCCGUUUUCAAGGAAAAUUCAAAUUUUUGGUUUUUUUGUUCUGAAGAAUUUUGAGCCAAAAAACGUGAAUUUUCAAGGAAAAGUACCCUGAAAUCAAAAUUUAAUGAAUUUUGAGCUAAAAAUUAACUAAAAUUAGCAAAUGCGCUCCAUUGAACUCUCCCCGUUUCGAAGAAAAAUUCAAAUUUUUUUUUUGUUCUGACGAGUUUUAAGCCAAACUUUUCCACUUGGAACCUAAAAUUUGGAAAAUUCAAUGAAUUUUGAGCUAAAAUUGAUCAAAAUAGCAAAUGCGCCCCAUUGAACAAUCCCCGUUUUCUCGAAAAAUUCAAAUUUUUUUUUUUCUUUGCAGAUCUCGUCCAUCCUGGAAAAUGUGAAAAACAGCGACUACACUCAUUUGUUCCGUGGUCUUCAAACGAAAUUAAAGGAACAUUCGAAAUUUGUUUUGGAUGUUUUGGCGCGAAAAGAUGUUCGAUUGAAUGAUGAAAUGCAAAUUGUGAGUUUUUGGGCUGAAAAUUGAGAUCUGAAAAUCAUCAGAGAAAAAAAAUGAAUUUUUGAAUUUUCCCUAAAAAUGGGGAGAGUUCGAUAGAGCGCAUUUGCUAUUUUUGGAUCAAAAUCGAUGAUUUUUCAUGAUUUCUAGCUGAAAAUUGAUUAUUUUCAGCCAAAUUUUCAGAAUUUUCAGUCAAAAAUCAAUAAUUAUCCCCAAUUUUCAGCGUGCGGUUCGAUUUGAGCUCAAUAAUCCCGAUUCCCCGCUCAAAACCUAUUAUAGACAAUGGGAAAAAAGUAUGGAAAGCCAAGGAAAAGACGAUUGGACAACAAAUUGUGAGUUUUGGCGCGAAAAAUGCGCAUUUUUUGAACCUACAUUUGGCGGGAAAUUUUGAAAAUUUGAAUUUUUUCAGAAAAAAUCGAUUUUGGAGAAGAAGAGCGGUGAAAAAGAAGCGAAAUCUGGAAAUAAUAAGAAGAGAAAAGCGGUGAGUUGAAUUUCUUGAAUUUUGUCUGAAAUUUUCUGAAAAUUCCCCCAAUUUCAGGCUGAAAGUGACGAAGAUGACGAAAUUGAAGAAGAAAAACCGGCAGUUCCAAAACAAUCGAGAAAAAAGAGCAAAAAUUGGAGCAGCUGCCAAAAAAGCCGAUUCAACAAUUCCAGACAAAUUUGGAGAUUUGGAUAAUUGGAGUGAUGAGGAUUAG